AUGGCGUCUUCGAAAGGCCCUGUUAAAAAGGGUCGUCAACCUUCGAUUAAGCAUAGCUGCAACUUCGCCGAGGCUAAGAGGAAGCUGUCAAAGAUCAGUGAUCAUGAACAUGUAGAGUAUGCAUAUGAUUGCCAGAGGCACAACAGCAAACGAGGAGAUACCAAGUUGAGUCAGAUCUUGAGCAGGGAUGCACUGGUAUCAGCAGUUGACUUGAUGUGGGAUCGUUCGGGUUUUGUGUCUGGUAAUUUGAUUAGUUCACUGAAGGAAGGGAAUUUAGAUGAUUUACAUAGAGACGAAGUCAGUAAGUUCAAAGUCUUAGCGGAUAGUACACGGUUGCCUGCUGAACAAAAGGCUGAGUCUCAGUUGGCACCGACUUUACAGUCCAGGUUUAAAUUACUGACAGUGGCCGAGAAGAUAUGCAUUUUUGAUCCAUAUAACCAAAACUAUUACCAGUCUUUCUUUAGUUGGUUUACUCAAACUAAUGGAGCCAAUUCUAUUAGUGGUUCUUGCAAAGAGAAUGGUUUUCCAUUCGAGGCUAGAUGGGAGAUAGAAAAAUCGUAUAGGUGGAUGAGAGAAGUAUUUCCCAUUAUUACUAGAUAUCAUAAAGGAGGGGCUGAGAUUGAGAAUAGAGAAAAAAUUGAAGACCGUAUUCCCAAUCCACGCAGCAGUAAAUCAGAAUGUGCAUUAGGAAAUGCCAAUAGUUGUGAUAGUGUCUUUGUCACAACUGGUUCAGAGGGUCACUCAACUUCAAUUGAAUCAAGGAGUCCUCUAUUAGCAAGUCUCACAGUAUCACCGGGAGACAGCAGAAUAUCCAGAUCUACGGAUGUAAACUUUCUCUUUUUGCUUUACAAAGACAGGUGUGCCAAUAAUAAAGGAGUGAACAUAAUAAGUUCAAAAUGUAGCACGGACUGCCACUCUGAGGUUUCUUCUUCAGGGAAUAACCCAGACGAAGACAGAUUAUCUAAGGUUGAAAAUAGACAGUUGCUUGAGAGAGAUAGAAAAGACCAAGAGGCUGAAGUUUGUUCUUCCUCUACAGAAUCGCCUACUUAUGCCUUUGCUAAACAACGGCAUGCUUUUGCUGGUGCAUUGGCAGGCAUAAGUGUCAGUCUUUGUCUUCAUCCACUUGAUACAGUCAAGACAAUGAUUCAGUCAUGCCACUUGGAGGAGAAGUCUCUAUGUUAUACUGGGAGAUCAAUCAUAUCUGAAAGAGGUAUUUCUGGACUUUAUAGGGGAAUUGCUAGCAACAUUGCGUCAUCAGCUCCUAUUUCUGCCCUUUAUACCUUCACUUAUGAAUCAGUUAAAGGAGCUCUGCUUCCUCUUUUCCCGAAGGAAUAUUGCUCGCUUACCCACUGCAUAGCUGGAGGUUCCGCAAGCGUUGCAACUUCUUUUAUUUUCACGCCCAGUGAGCGUAUAAAACAGCAGAUGCAAGUCAGUUCACACUAUCGCAAUUGCUGGACCGCAUUGGUCGGAAUCAUCCAGAAAGGUGGUCUACUUUCGUUAUAUGCUGGGUGGAGUGCAGUACUAUGCAGAAAUAUUCCACACUCAAUCAUAAAGUUCUAUGUUUAUGAAAACAUGAAGCGGAUGAUAUUACCAUCCCUAGGUCCUUUUGGUCAAGCGGCUCAACCCACAUCAUUACAAACGCUCAUCUGUGGAGGACUAGCAGGAUCUGCUGCUGCUUUCUUCACAACCCCAUUUGAUGUAGUAAAGACAAGAUUACAAACUCAGAUCCCUGGACUUAGGAACCAACAUCCUAGUGUGUAUAAAACUCUUCAAUCAAUAGGCAAACAGGAAGGUCUGAGAGGGCUAUACAGAGGUUUGAUCCCCAGACUGGUGAUGUACAUGUCCCAAGGAGCUAUAUUUUUUGCGUCGUAUGAAUUUUACAAGAGUAUGCUCUCUCUAGAAGUGGCCCAACCAUUGAAAGACAAGGAUAGUUCACCCCCAGUGAAAUCACCAAAACUGCAACAUAUGUAA